ACUUAUUCUUGCGUCGCCGCUUGCUACCGGGGUAACGGAGUUGAGGUUGUAGGGAAUGUUGCCGGUGUAGCAGGAACUCCCGCCAUUUUUCAAUCAGCUAUAAACCCUCUUGUUUGUUUAUAUAAUCAGCACGUCCCUCAAAACAAUAUCUCCGCGGUCUACAGUCGCUUUGGCCUGGAGAAUCGACUUCAACACGGACCUGAGCGGCGUAAGAAAAGCCCGCCACAGCAGCUCUGACGGGCCGCCUCUCGCGCUUUAAUCCCCGGCACCCAGGAGCUUCCGCUCACUCCUCGCGCAUCUCACCAUGACUCCACCGACUCCCUUGAACUAGAGGAUGUAACACGGGAGAUGUAACUGAAUGAUAAAAUCGUACUUUGGGUUUUGUUUUCCUAGAAGUAAGUAAAGCAGUGCGCGCUAGCCUAGCCCGAUGCUACGCCGCUGAGACGCACGGAUUCACGGCAUAUUCAGAUCGAGCUGAGAUUGAGCGCGGGGUUAGUUCAGUAGUUCACUUUGCAGACACGUCCAGGACCGCUGCGAGCCCACUAUGGCACCGUUACUAGGCCGGAAGCCGUACCCGUUGGUCAAGCCGCUGUCGGAGCCGCCGGGCCCAGCAGAGGAGGUGUUCAUCAUCGAGCACACCAAAGAGGCCUUCAGGAACAAAGAAGAGUAUGAAGCUCGACUGCGCAGGUAUGCAGAGCGGGUAUGGACGUGUAAAAGCACCGGUAGCAGCCAGCUCACACAUAAGGAGGCUUGGGAAGAAGAACAGGAGGUCACAGAGCUGCUUCAGGAGGAGUACCCGGUGUGGUUCGAGAAGCCGGUCCUGGAGAUUGUGCAUCACAACACGGGAUCACUGGAUAAACUAGUGGAUCUGGUCUGGGUGGAGAUUCUCACCAAGUAUGCUGUGGAUGAGGAGUGUGACUUCUUGGUUGGCAAGGAUAAGACGUUGCAUGUGAAAGUGGUAAAGAUUCAUCCGCUGGAGAAUCCUCCAGAAGAGAAUGUGGAGAAAAAGCUGGAAGGAGCUUGUGAUUCUCCAUCCAGUGAUAAAGAAAACGCUAGUCAGGAGAACCUGAAGAAGGAGCCACAGUCCAAAGAGGAAGACAGCAGGAGAGAGAGUCUCUCUGAUAGGGCCCGCCGCUCGCCCAGAAAACUCCCAACCAGUAUGAAAGAAGAGAAGAAGAAAUGGGUCAUGCCCAAAUUUCUCCCCCACAAGUAUGAUGUCAAACUUCUCAAUGAGGACAAAGUUAUCAGUGAUGUCCCUGCAGACAGCCUGUUCAGAACUGAGCGGCCUCCAAACAAAGAAAUAAUGCGCUACUUCAUCAGACACUACGCUCUGAGGCUGGGCACGGGAGAGAGCGCCCCCUGGGUGGUGGAGGAUGAGUUGGUGAAAAAGUACAACCUGCCAAGCAAAUUCAGCGACUUUUUACUGGACCCUCACAAGUUUUUGGCAGAAAAUCCAUCAGCUAAGAGGAAAAGCAUGAGCUCACCGGAAGGUAAGCCCAAUAAGAAGCUGAAGACUGCGGAGACAGAAAAAGACGGUGAGGGAGUCCAAGUAAAAGGGGAAAAGAAGAAAAGUAAAAAAGAUUCCCAGAACAUACCUCUCAGCCCAACCCUCUGGGGUCAUAUGCAGGUGAAGAAAGUUAAUGGAUCUCCCUUAAAAAUGAAAAACUCAGGUACAUCUAAGAAAUCUGAUGGGGAAAACAUCCUCAGCACCCCAAAAUCAAAUAAAAAGCAGGGAGACAAAAAAUCCACUGACCCCAAAAAGAGCCGCAAGAGUGGGGUCACCAAGACUCCCAAUGACCACAAGCUCUCCAAAAAGGAAGACAAAAGCCCUGGAAGCACCAAGAAACCCAAAAUGAAGCAGAUGACCCUUUUGGAUCUUGCCAAAAGCCCACCUGCUGCAGCUAGCCCAAAAAAGCGAAGCAGAAGUUCAAGUACUGGCUCUACUAAGUUGGGCAAACCUUUGCCACCUAUGGCUUUACAUCUCCUACGGUUUUACAAGGAGAAUAAAGGCAAAGAAGACAAGAAAACCACUCUGUCCUCACUUGUGGCUAAGGCGGCAAAAACACUGUCCACAGAGGAUCGCGGUCGGCUUCCUGAGGAGCUGAAAGAUCUAGUUCAAAAACGCUGGGAACUGUUUGAGCAGAAACGCAGAUGGGCCCUUAUGACCGAGGAGGAGAAACGCCAGGAUAUCAAGCAGAAGCUGCGUGAGAAAGCCAAAGAGCGGAGAGAGAAAGAGCUGCAGGUGAGACGGGAGAUGUCCCGCCGUUACGAAGACCAGGAGCUCGAAGGCAAGAGCUUGCCGACAUUCCGUCUGUUCGACAUGCCCGAGGGGAUUCCCAACACCCUCUUUGGUGACAUAGCCAUGGUAGCUGAGUUCCUUCACUGCUACUCUGGCCUCCUGAUGCCUGAUGACCAGUAUCCCAUCACCUCCAUCGCUCUGAUGGAAGCUUUAGCUGGAGAGAAGGCAGGCUUCCUCUACUUAAACCGUGUGCUGGUGGUGCUGCUGCAAACACUUCUGCAAGAUGAGCUGGCCGAAGGUUACAGUGAACUGGACAUGCCAUUAUCUGAGAUUCCUCUGAGCAUGCACUCCGUAUCCGAGCUGGUGCGCUUGUGUUUGCGGCCAACGGAUGCCCAUGAAGAAGAGAGCGCACGUGGCUCAGAUGACUGGCAGCCUGGUGCUGGCUACGAUGAUGUGGUGAGCAGUGAGUUCUUGGAAAAGCUGGAGACGUCGGAAGUGUUUGAACUGAACUCUCAGGAGAAGGUCAGCCUGCUGGUGGCGCUGUGUCAUCGUAUCCUCAUGACCUAUUCGGUGGAAGAUCACGUGGAAGCCACUCAGCAGCGAUCGGCCGAGCUGUGGAGGGAGCGGCUUGCUGCGCUUAAAGAAGUCAAAGAACAUAAAAAGGCAGAGAAGCAAAAACGCAAAGAGCAGAUCGAGGAAAAAACUGAUGCUAGCGGAGAGGCACUAAUGAGGGCAGAUAGGGGGAAAGAUUCAAAUGUGAAAAAAGAGACACCCAAAGUGGAAUCAGAGCCAGAGGACAUGAUCAGCACAGUGAAAAGCAGACGUCUGAUGGCCAUUCAGGCCAAGAAAGAAAAGGAAGAGCAGGAACGGCUAAACAAAGAGCGUAUGGAGAAGGAAGCAGAGGAGGAGCGAAUCAGGAGGCAGAAAGCCGGAGCAGAGAAAGCCUUCCAGGAUGCCGUCACUAAAGCGAAGCUGGUGCUGAGGAGAACACCACUGGGCACCGACCGCCAUCACAACCGCUACUGGCUGUUCUCUGAUGUGGUUCCUGGUCUGUAUAUUGAGAAGGGAUGGGUUCAUGAGAGUAUAGACUACACAUUCACUCUUCCUCCUGAAGAGGAGCCCGUGUCGACAGAGGAAGACAAAGAGGACGAGAUGGAAGAUGGAGAGAAAGAGGAUGAAGGCAGCAUAGUCAGCACUUCUAAUGAAAAUGGCCAGCAGGGGGCACCGGUGCCUGAGACCUGUUUUGAGACCACUGUGCCCAAACAAGGCCAAAACCUCUGGUUUAUGUGUGAUUCGCAAGAAGAGCUCGAUGAGCUAAUAGAAAGUCUUCACCCUCAGGGAGUAAGAGAGAGUGAACUCAAACUCAGGCUCCAGGUUAAUUACCAGGAAAUCUUGCAUUCCAUCCAUCUGAUGAAAAAGGGUAACCCAGGCCUGAAGAGCUGUGAUGGAUACCAGGAGCUGCUUAUGUUCUCACGCAGUGACAUUAUCGAGGUAGCAUCUCGUCUUCAGAAAGGAGGCCUUGGAUACAUGGAGGACACAUCUGAGUUUGAAGAAAGGGUGCGUGACUUGGAGAAGCUGCAGGAUUUUGGGGAGUGUGUGAUCACUCUGCAAGAGAGCGUGAUCAAGAAGUUUCUGCAGGGCUUCAUGGCACCCAAACAGAAGAAGAAAAAGAAGACCGGUGGAGAGGAGAGCACGACGGCGGAGGAAGUGGAUGAUCAGAAGAAACUGGCUGAAGAGGCCAGGGUAGCAACCGCGGUGGAGAAGUGGAAAACUGCAGUCCGUGAAGCUCAGACUUUCUCUCGUAUGCACGUUCUGCUCGGCAUGCUGGAUGCCUGCAUCAAGUGGGAUAUGUCUGCAGAGAACUCUCGCUGUAAAGUGUGCCGCAGGAAAGUAGGGGAGGAUGAUAAGCUGAUUCUCUGUGAUGAGUGUAAUAAAGCCUUCCAUCUGUUCUGUCUGCGGCCGGCACUGUACCGUAUACCGGAGGGUGAGUGGCUGUGCCCAGCCUGUCAGCCAAUUACCGCCCGACGCAGCUCCAGGGGCAGAAACUAUAAGGAGGACACUGAGGAAGAGGAGGACUCAGAGGAGGAAUACUCUGAAGACUCUGAAGAGGAAGAAUCAGAAGAAGAAUACAGACACACGGGCCACAGCUUGAGAUCGAGGAAGAAGGUGAAGUCGUCUUUGAAGCCCAGAGUGCAGAGUAAACCACCACAGAAGAAGCAUUCCCCUCCUAGUGUCAAACCAGCUCUCAGACCGGCUUCCAAGCCUGAUCCAAGACCUGCACUCAGAUCUGCUUCCAGACCGGAUCCAAGACCUUCACUCAGAUCUGCUUCUAAACCAGAUCCAAAGCCUGCUGUCAGAUCUGCUUCCAGACCAGAUCUUAGACCUGCUCCCAGACCUGUUUCCAACCCAGAUCCUAAACCGGAUCCCAAACCUGCUUCUAAACCAGAUCCCAAACCUGCUUCUAAACCGGAUCCCAAACCUGCUUCUAAACCAGAUCCCAAACCUGCUCCUAAACCAGAUCCCCAACCUGCUCCUAAACCGGAUCGCAGACAAUUGCCUAAAUUUCGACCUGAGCUGGUGCGACAGAGCUCCAAUCCUCUGUUGAAGAAACAAGCUAUUGAAGUAGGGAAAUGUGAGGACAUUCUUCAGAAGCUGAUAAAAUACCAACACAGCUGGCCCUUCAGGGAACCUGUAUCUGCUGAAGAAGCCAAGGGUUAUCGGGACAUCAUCCGCUGCCCGAUGGACUUCACCACAAUGCAGGACAAGUUCAAAUCCUCCCAGUACCACUGCGCAAGCGAUUUUCUCGAGGACUUGAAGCUCAUCUUCUCAAAUGCGGAGGAGUACCACCAGCCCGAAAGUGACGUCCUGACGUGCAUGGCACGCACAGAGCAGUCAUUCAUCGAGCUCCUGCAGGAGAGCCUCCCUGGGAUUGGCUACCUGCGACGGCGAAGUAGCAAGCGCCUGGCCACUCACUCCGAAGAGGAUGGGGACGACGACGAGGAGGAGAGGGGGAAGAAGAUACAAAACGGGAAGCAAGAGAGGGCCUCAUCCAGCCAGAAGGAAGAUGAUGAGGAAGACUCUGGACAGAAGAAGAGCAAACAGAGCGGUGGACAACAGAAACAAGAUGACAGCGAAAGUGAGGAGGAGGAGGAGGAGGAGGAGGAGGAGGAGGAGGAUGAUGAUGAUGAGGAAGAGUCUUUGAGAAGGAAGAGCAAGCGGACAAAUCGUAAAGAUUAUCGGGAGCAGGACAGUGACAGUGAGAGGGACAGCAGGAGAACUGGAUUGAGACGGACUGCACGAGGUGUGACGGAUGACCAGGAGACCAGCAGUGACGAGGACUCGGACGUCCAGCGACAUUCCAAGAGGCCCAAACGCUCAUGAAGACCAGGGUGCUUUGGGUUCUUUGUAUUCAUUUUUGUACCCCCUCCUUACUAAUCAGAAGGCCUAACGGGCGCCCCAUACCCACUGCAUAUUGGACAGAACUUUUGCUCACCCUGAUGUAGAUGUCUUGGUUUAUUUUACUUUUUGGAAGUUUUUAUGUUAAUAUUGGAGAAAACGGAUUUAUAUUUGUAAGUUGAUUAAUAAUGCUAACACUUGGUUUUUUUUUAACCUGAAGAUUUGCAUUGAAAAAGAGAUGUCAUCUCAUUGAGCUCUUAAGACUUUUUCAAUUGAUAUUUGACUUAAAAAAAAAAAACUUUAAUAAUAAAAUUAAAAAAAAAAAAAAAGAUUGUAAUUGGGUUGCAGAUACCACCAAGCCGUGUUUCAUUUUGACGGCUUGAGAGGUUUCACAGUAAAUGUCAUGAAGUGAUUCAGAAUGAAACGCAUCCUUUUGGAUGGACCUUCUUGAGGCCUUUUAAAUGAAUUCAUUAGUGAGCAUCCAGAACUAGGCUCUUUCAAUGAACUGACGUUAUGUGUUUUGUCUCAUAAGAGUCGUUUAAUUGGCUCUAAACCCCCAUGGUGGCAUGAAAUUGAACUAAAGGUUUUUAUUUUUGAAUGUGCCACCACUUUUUUCUUUUCUUCAGUCAUUUAUUAUUUUGCUGUUUUUCAUAAAAGCUAUCAUCUUUGCUUUCAGUUAAACAACUUCUGUUUAUGAAAAGCAGGAGAUCACUGAUCUUGUUCAUUGGGAUCUAUCUAGCAAUUUCUGUAAAACCUCAUGCUGCUCUUAUUCCCUAGAAACCAGUAGGUGGCACUCUACUACAGUUGUCUUGGGAAGAAACGCUCCCAUUGGUGUAAAACUGACAUUUGAAUGUUAUAUCCCCACUAAAGACCUUUUGCAGUGAUAAGUUGAACCUAAAAUCCAGAUGGAAAAGUCCGAUGUGAAACACUCAAGUGAAAUUAUAUGAUCUGAUUUCUUUUUUCAUAUGACUAUGUAAAUAAUAAGCUUUGACUAUAUUUUGGUGUUUGAUCGUAGCCACGGAAGUCUCAGUUUAAGAUCGUGAUGUUUGUCCACAGCAGAUGUGUUGCUCAGGGCUUUAUUCUGGAUUAAAACUCAUUUUUAUUGGA